AUGCAGCUUGGGGAGCGUUUGACAGGCUCGGAUUUCACCGAGAAGCACACGACGGCCGAGUAUCCACGCAUCCGAGGAUUCGCGGAUGCCUCGCCGAACGAAGUCGUCAUGUCCCAAAAUUGUGGAUCUUUGAUGGCUCAGAUGCGACCAUCCGAAGCUCAUUCCAGCGUCGUACAAUGCUUGCAGGCACCGGAAGCUAGAGCCACUGCUGCCAGCAAAUCUAACGUCACCGCUAUCCGAAUUGACCCCAAACUCACACCUCGGAUCAAGCUACUCUCCCGUCAUCCUCAUAUUCCUGCCGAGCGGAUCCAUCGCACAGCACCCCGCAUCCGUGUCUUCCACUUCUACAGAGCUGAUCAGUCAGUCUACAACGGAACAGCCUCUAUCGAAAUGUCUGCGAAAGCUUCCACCUCAAACGUCCAUCUCGCGUCGUCCUCGUACGGCAAGGACCUCGUCCGCAUCUUCCGCAUCGUCCGCGACGCCAAGGAUCCAUCAUCGCACCGCGUCGUCGAGUACACGGUCCGAUGCCUGCUCCACGGUGAGAGCCUCACGCCAUCCUACACCGAAGCCGACAACUCGCCCGUCGUCGCUACCGAUACGGUCAAGAACACGCUCAACUACCUCGCCAAGGUGCUUCCUGCCGAAGACGUGCUCUGCCCGGAACGAUAUGCGCUCAAUGUAGUCAACCACUUCCUCACCACCUAUUCGCACAUCGAAAAGACCGAGGUCGACCUCAUCCAGCACAAGUGGACACGAAUCGUCUUGGACCAGAAGGACGGCGGUGCUCACAAGCACAGCUUUGUGCGUGACGGUGAGGAGAAGCGCACCGUGCGGGCGCUGGGUGAGCGAUCGGGUGACAAGAUCACCGUGACGACGCUCGAGGGUGGAAUCAAGGGUUUGCUGGUGCUCAAGAGCAGCGGCAGUGCCUUCUACGGCUUCCACAGGGAUAGCUUCACCACGCUCAAGGAGGUACGCGACCGCAUCUUUUCGACCGAGGUCGAAUGCUCCUACUCGAUCGCAUUGCCAUCAGGUGGACUCACAGCCGUGCUCAAGAACCCAUCGUCUCUGCCCCAAUUCUGCGAUAUCCAGUCGUCCGUCAAGGCACACGUGCUCCGCGUGUUCGCGCUCGACGACUCGGCCAGUGUCCAGGCCACCAUGUACCGCAUGGGUGAGGCCAUCAUCGGAGACGCUGCCAACAAGACGGUACAGGACGUAUCGUUUGCGUUGCCCAACAAGCACUACAUUCCCAUCGAUCUCGGAUUCAAGGGCCUCAGCAACCUCGACGAAAAGAACGCCGAGGUGUUCCUCCCUACCGCGCAUCCAAGCGGCUACAUCAAGGCCAAGAUCGCUCGUUCGCCCGCUGCUAAGCUCUGA